UAACCAUAUACUCGUAAACCCAACCGGGGGGAGAGCUGGCGGUGACUUCAAUCAUAGAACUAAUCUUUCGCUCAGCAAACAAAGCCACCCGUGGCUGAGUCUUGAUCCGAGAUAAUAUGCAUAUAGUUCAAUACGUUUUGUUUUUACAUCCAAACUACAAGAAAGAUUAUGACGGCUUCUCCUAGCCAAGAGCAAUACGCUCUGGAGAUGCAGUUGGUUUUACUCGCAUCCAACGCCAAGUAUUUUGAGAUGUACCGGAAAUAUCAGUGGCUAUUUCUUCGGCGUUACUUCAAGACAAUUGGCGACUUCGGCAAAUUAUCCUUCGCUGUUGAUGUCCGUGAAAUUUCCGAUUUCGCCCAUUGGCAAAUUCAGAGCGAACGUGUUUCGAACCAGCAACUGCCAGUGAAAGACAUUUUUCAGCUCGUCGUCGAGUUGUUCACUAAACCUAAAAACGCGCUGCAAUUGUUAUGUCCUGACGAUGAAAUGCGCUUCAUGAAAAUGAUUGUAUCGAACGAUGACAGCUUGUCGUUGGAGACAUUCGAUGGGUAUCAAUACUACUCAGUUUUCUCCGUAGGCGCUAGGAAUUCUCUUCAGUUCGACGAACACGACAAGCGUUUCGUUUUAAAAGGAUGUCGUAUGAGUGAUGUCACUUCCUAUCUGCUUACCAAGCGCGAGUACGACAUAAACGCGACGCCGAAGUUAUCGAACGCGCUUAAGAUGUCCCCAGCCGUCAAGUGUACCGGUAACAACAGACUGGGCGAUGAACUUAAGGCAGUGGUCGUGUUUCGCGUGUCGGAAGGAUCUUGUUGUCAUGAACCAUUAGAGAAAAACUCGAGGCCUUGUUUUUUAUUGGUAUUUUCCAAGACAUCUAGAAAGGCGAUCGUUAAGGACAAACCGGUAAUGCGAGUAAAACCAACUCCCAGAGCUACGAAGCCGCUGAUUGCACAGCCUAGACGGUCUGAAGUUCUUGAUCAGCAUGUGAGUGGAACGAGUCGGCCUGCCUACUCACAUUUUGCAGUACUUAAUGAUCCAUCCCAAGCACACGACUUUUAUCCUACCUAUAGUCUUAGUGAGAUUACUUCAUGGAUACUAGGCAACUGAUCACUUAUACAAGUGCAUGGUGUUAAUAUAACGUGUGCUUGCUAUUGAGAAAUAUCUCAUUAUGUUUUAUCUGUGGAAGCGAAGAUAUGUUUUUUUAACUGUUUAUCACA